AUGACAGGUAGUACUACGACGACAACAACAGAAACAACAACGACACAGCGCAUCGGGGCCAACGUUCCAGCUCCAGACGGAAAUGGCCCCGCUACGCCGAAUGAUCAAGACUAUAUUUCCAAGUACGCCGUGGAGCGAGAGAAGAGACUGGGUCGAGGUGGCCUGAAGCAGUAUAUCGACCCAAAGCAGUCUGCAAAACUGCAGCAUUUGCUCAUUGAUCCGUGGGUGGAAGCUGCCACGCCGGUACAGCAGGUGGUAUCCAAUGGGGGCCAUCGCAAAGCAGUGAUUGUUGGUGCUGGGUUUGGGGGCAUUCUCUUCGCAGUCCAGCUCAUCAAGAAGGGGUUUAAGAAAGAGGAUAUUGUCAUCGUGGAUCCAGCCGGGGGCUUUGGUGGAACAUGGUACUGGAAUCGCUAUCCUGGCUUAAUGUGCGAUGUCGAGGCCUACCUGUACAUGCCGCUUUUGGAGGAGAUGGACUACAUGCCCAAGCACAAGUAUGCCUGUGGGGAGGAACUUCGUGCAUACGCUGAGAGCAUUUGCCACAAGUAUGGACUGUACAGCACUGCGAUGUUUCAGUCUUCCGUUGACCGAGCCUGCUGGAAUCAGGAGACCAAUCGUUGGAACCUCGAGCUCACGCAGAGACCCAAAGGAUGUCCGGAGUCUAGACUCGAUAUCAGCACGGAUUUUCUCAUCCUUGCGAGCGGCAUUCUCUCCAAUGUCAAAGUGCCGAAUACUGCAGGGAGCGAAACGUUUCAAGGCCACAUGUUCCAUACGGCGCGAUGGAACUAUGAUGUGACAGGUGGGAGCUCAGCACUGCCAGCCAUGACCAAGCUCAAGGAUAAAAGGGUUGCAAUCAUCGGGACCGGGGCAACUGCGAUACAGGCCGUGCCACAGUUGGCGAAAUGGUCAAAGGAACUGUACGUGUUCCAGCGUACGCCGUCAGCCGUUGAUGCCAGGAACAACCGAGAGACUGACCCAGAAACCUGGAAGACGAAAGUCGCCACAGGGCCGGGCUGGCAGAGAGCCCGCAACAUGAACUACUUUGGUUUUGUGGGAAAUGCGCAGUCAAAGCCGGAGAUUGACUUGGUGGAUGAUGGUUGGACCCAUGCGCCGUCCUUUAGUGCUUUGGUUGGGGGUCCCUCAUACAAUGUGAAUGUCGACAGCAUGGACGCACAUGUACGUCAAAUGCAUGCUCUCGACAGAUCACGUGCCGAGAAAGUGCGGAGGCGGGCGGAGCUCAUUGUGAAGGAUCCUGAAGUCGCAAUGAAGUUGCAGGCGUGGUAUCCCAUCUGGUGCAAACGACCGACCUUUCAUGACGACUAUCUGCCGUGUUUUAAUCAGAACAACGUCACCCUGGUCGACACCGAUGGUCGUGGGGUGACUCGUAUCACACCCAAUGGCGUAGAGUUCGAUGGACGAGAGUACCAAGUGGAUGUCCUCGUAUGGAGCACAGGAUUCACGUCGCCAGGCGUGGGAACGGCAGCAUCUCGUGCUGAUAUCAAGCUGACGGGUCGCAAUGGCAAAUCGCUGGAUCAGCACUAUCAGGGGGGCAUGUCGACCCUGCAUGGAGUCAUGAGCAGAGAGUUCCCUAAUCUCUUCUGGCCCGGGCCGUUCCAAACAGGCGCAUCUCCCAACCAAGUGUUCUUGCUGGAGCUUCUCAGUGCUCACGUUGCGUACAUGAUCGCGGAGGCCACCAGGAGGGUGGGAGGCACACCGCUAAUCCAACCGACCAAGGAGGGCGAAGAAGCGUGGGCGGCGAAGUGUAUGAGCGGGGCUAGUACAUUCGCGGCGCUGUCCAAUUGCACGCCUAGCUAUCUGAACAAGGAGGGCGAAGCGGGUAUGGCAUCCCCAGAAGAGCAGGUGAAGGCGGCGAGGCUUGUGCCGUGGAGUCGAGGCAUCGCGGACUUCACGCGGGUGAUCGAGGCAUGGCAGGCUGACGGGAAGCUCGACGGGCUGGAGGUGGCUGCUCAGGCGUGACGUGAGAGCGGCGCGUCAUGGAGUGCUGCAGUGGUGAGGGUGAGGUUGAGGGUGAAGAGAGCAGGUCGAAGCUGCUUAUGAGAGCAAUCAAUGGUGUGUGUGCCAAGUCGAUGUGAUGCACCUAUCACAUGGGGCUCCACGCAGGAACGAAUUUCUCUCUUCGGCCAUACCGGGCGGUCGCAAUACUUAUCGUGCAUGGAAAAGAUAUCAAAGUGGAGGUAGGAGGUAUAGCCGUAUAGGUCAGAUAGGUGGAGGUGGAGGUGAAAGGUG